AUGGCCUCUCAACUUGUCUACAUACCAGAGAUCGAGCGGUUGAGUCCCGCUUGUAUUCGUAUUCUCGGUGGCAAUCCGAGCAAAUUCGCUCUUCAGGGCACCAACACAUAUCUAAUCGGAACCGGCCCCAAGAGGUUAUUAAUUGAUACGGGUGAGGGCAAACCCUCGUGGAUUGCGGCUUUAAAGCGGACUCUCGAAGAGGAGAAAGCCACUAUCCAAAGUGCUCUUCUCACUCAUUGGCAUCACGAUCACACGGGAGGCAUCGGCCAGCUAUUAGAGCACUCGCCACAGACAGCCAUCUACAAAAACCAACCGACAGAAGGUCAAUUAGAUAUCUCAGAUGGUCAGAAAUUUGAAGUCGAAGGAGCUACCUUGACAGCUGUUCAUACUCCAGGCCAUGCUGUAGAUCAUAUGGUCUUCGUCUUGCAGGAAGAAGACGCGCUAUUCACAGGUGACAACGUUUUAGGUCAAGGCACAUCCGUAUUCGAAGAUCUCGGAACCUACCUCAAGAGUCUAGCGAAGAUGGAAAAGCUAGUGGGAGGCUGCGCAUAUCCAGCACACGGCCCGGUGCUGCCACAGGCGAGUGCUACUAUCGCUGAAUAUAUAUCUCACAGGCAGCAGAGAGAACAACAGGUUCUACAAACCUUGGGUUCCGCGAAAGACCGCCAUCUCUGGACUCCGAUGGACCUGGUAAAAGUUAUAUACCGCGACGUCCCGGAAGCUCUCCACGCUCCCGCUGCAAAUGGCGUGGUCCAGAUCCUGCGGAAGCUCCGGGAUGAAGACAGGGUCAUAUUGGAGGAUGGGGAUGCGUGGCGUCUUAAGGACCGGUCAAGUUUAUGA